AUGCUUCCUUUUGUCUAUGUUGUUAUCUCUUUAAACCUGAUAUUGGAGAGCAAUUUGAUGGUGAAUCUUUUAUUGGUGUUGGAUUUUCGAAUUGGAAGAAAAAAGAUAGACUACAAAUUCAUGUUGGAGGACCGAAUAGUGCCCAUAAUAAAGCUUGGAGAAGUUGUGAGGUCAACAAUUCUCUCAAAACACUCAAAGCAAGAUCGAAUUGAUUAUCGAACCCGUUUAGGUGCAUCAGUUGGUGUUAGUAGGAUACUUUUACAACAAGGGCUUCCAUUUCGUGGGCAAGAUGAAUCUGAAAAUUCAACCAAUCAAGGGAAUUUUCUUGCAUUUUUACGAUGGCUAUGUCGUUUCAAUGAUGAUAUAAAAGCUGUCACGCUAAAAAAUGCUCCUGAAAAUAUGAAGUUGACAUCACCUGAUAUCCAGAAGGACAUUUCAAGUGCUAUUUCAACUGAAAUUAUCAAUGCAAUCAUAAGGGAUAUUGGUGAUUCAUUAUUUGUCAUUCUUGUUGAUGAAUCAUGUGACAUGUCUUCAAAGGAGCAUAUGGCAAUUGUGCUACGUUAUGUGGAUAAAGGUCAGGUAAUUGAACGUUUUGUAGGUAUUGUGCAUGUUACAGAUACUAAAUCUUCCUCACUCAAGUUAGCCGUUGAUGAUUUCUUUUCGAGACAUGGAUUAAGCAUCUCUAAAUUGCGAGGGCAGAGUUAUGAUGGCGCAAGUAAUAUGAGAGGCGAGUUUAGUGGUCUUAAAACACUCCUUCUAAAUGAGAAUGACUCUACUUUUUAUGUUCAUUGUUUUGCUCAUCGACUUCAGCUAGCUCUGGUAGCUAUGGCAAAGAAACAUUCAGAAAUUGCAAAUUUAUUUACUAUGGUUUCUUAUGUGGUGAAUGUUGUGGGUGCAUCCGCUAAGCACCGUGAUAUGCUGAGAGAAAAGUAUGCUGAUGUAAUUUUUGAAGUACUCAAUAAUAAUGAGCUCUUAAGUGGGCAAGGCCUGAAUCAAGAAACUAAUCUUAAGCGGUCUAGUGAUACACGAUGGAGCUCUCAUUAUAAUUGUUUAAUCAGUUUGGAAAACAUAUUCCCGUCUGUGAUAGAUGUGCUUAAGAUUGUAAGAACAGAUGGAUCAGGUUACGAACAAAAAUUUGAAGCAAAGGUUCUAUUGACUUUUAUGCAAUCAUUCAGCUUCAUUUUUGGUCUACACUUGAUGAAAAGAAUUUUGGGAAUCACAAACGACUUGUCUCAGGCAUUACAAAAGAAAAAUCAAGAUAUUGUGAAUGUCAUGGACUUGAUCAAAAUAUGUAAAGGAAGAUUGCAAAGUAUGCGAGAUAAUGGUUGA